AUGGCUCCUGCUUCUUCUUCCUCGAGCGAUAGCAGCUCAAGCAGAUCGACCUCGCCCGAGCUUGAAAACAACCCGAAGCUGACCGUGAAGGCUGCGACCAAAGCGAAGGACGAGAUUGAGGACUCGUCGGACUCGGAUUCAACCUCUGAGUCGGGGUCGGAGUCCGGAAGUGAAUCAGGAAGCUCAAGUGAUAUGGACACAGGCGAGGAUGCCGCCGAAGAACAAGCUUCGGUCAAGAAGGUUCACAUUCCCGGCCCAAACCAGCCAUACAAGCCGCCAGCCGGUUUCAAGUCCGCAAAGAAGCAAACUCCUCCGUCCUCAAACACUUCCUCUAUCUUGUCCAACUUGCGCGGCAAGCAAGUCAUUCAUAUCACCGCCCCGUCAUUUCUCCCUCUGUCUAAAGUCAAGGAGAUUUCUAUGUCUAAAGUCCUGAAAGGGGAGCCGCUCCUCGCAUACGAGGGCAAGAAAUAUGGAAUCCCGGCGGAAACUUUGAACGAAGAUGACCCUGAGGGCAAGUCUUUACUCGUGUACGACGAGACCACUCAGACAUAUUCCACCAAGGCCGACCACAUCCCAAGCUACCAUGUGCAAGAGCUGAUUGGCCUACCAGAGGAGGCUGCUCAGGCCAAUGCUACUGCAAUUGAGAUAUUGCGAGAUGCCGUCAAGCCGCCACGGCCUCAGCCAAAGGGUCUGAAAAUGCGCUUCCGGCCUGUUGGCAGUCUUCCCAGUGCCCCAGAGAAUCUUGGAUCUAGCUCGGAGUCCGAAUCCGAGGAGCCUUCGUUCAAGGUCCCCACGGGUGGAAAGGAGAAGGAGCGCAAGAGAAAGCAUCACCACACCGAGGGAGAUGCCACUCAUGCAAGCAAGGAGCCCCGGAAGAAGUCGAAAAAGCACACACAAGAGAAUGAUGACGAUGUGGAGCGGAGUCAGAAGAAGUCGAAGAAGUCUCACAAGGACCGCGAGGAUAAGAAGCGGAAAAAGUCUGAGAAGGCAUGA